UUUUAUAGUCACACUGCAUCCAGCUCGAUAUUUUUUUGAAUUUCAAUAAAAUCUUUAAUGACGAGGACCGAAGUGCAUUGUAACUACAGUUAAGAUUUUUUAUUUUAUUAAAAUGAAUAAGUAUGUAAGCGGUCGAGAACGGAGACCGCGGUCGCGACAAGUUGUGUACUCGUGUGUGAGUGAACUUUGCCAGGUAAGCAGCGGCGACGCGCGACGUGGUUCACAAUGGGUUUCAAUGUGUGCGGUCCAGGUAUCUCAGCCUGCGUGUGUGGAGGGCGACGUGAUGUCGAACGUCACAUGGCCUUCACGGGUGCUUGACUGCUUGCACGACUUGCGCCCGCGCAGUGCGCACUACCGAGUUACGACUUACAAGUUACCGAUAGACUUAAGACUACUGAAAUAAAAAUAUUACAUUGCGUUCAUAGCAUACCUACUGUCUGAGCCAAGCUAAUUGCAUUAUUUUUGCGGGGAUUACCUACGUUAUGUAAUUGUGCAUAAUAUAGAUUCAUAAAUUUUGCAUAAAAAUGUGUAGAUUAUUCGAAACAUAUCAGAAAGCUCGGCUAGUCUUUGUACAGACAAUGGCUGAUUUGGCGACUCGAGCAACCAAUGUAAAGUGUCUUGAAAGCGCUGGAGUAUUAGAUUUGCUGCGUCCUUUGCUCUCCGACGGAUGCAGCACAGUACGGCAAUGUGCGGUGAUGGCAACGGCGCGACUUGCUGAACAUGACGAGAGUGUAGCGCAACAAUUGCUUAGUAGCGGCAUGCUCACUAUAACAAUUGAAAAUCUAAACAAUUUUAACGUUUAUUACAAACGAUCAGCGCUGUACUUAAUAAGGGCCAUUGCUAAGCAUAAUGAGGACUUAGCUUCAACUAUUGUAAGACUAGGUGCCUUGGAGCAUAUUGUCUCGUGCUUAGAAGAUUUCGAUACGCAGGUAAAAGAAAAUGCGGCUUGGGCUUUGGGAUACAUAGGAAAGCAUAACGAACAUCUGGCAGGACUGGUUGUAGAUGCUGGAACGUUGCCAUUAUUAGUGUUAGCAUUUCAAGAACCCGAAAUGAGUUUAAAACAGAUCGUCGCUGGUGCUUUAGUAGAUUUAGCACAACACAAACCAGAAGCCGUUGUGGAUGCAGGUGCAAUUUGUCACUUAGUACGUGGAUUAGAUAAUCAAGAUCCUAAAUUAAAGCGCAGCACACUUUGCGCGCUGGGGGCUGUUGCGGGUGCGCGGGCGGCUCUAGGCGAGGCGGUGGUGGCGGGAGGUGCGCUUCCCCCCGCGCUGCUGCACGCUGGACACGACACGGCGCCAGUGCGUCGCGCUGCUGCUUGCUUGCUGCGCGACAUCGUCAAACAUUCUGUUGACUUAGCACAAUUGGUGGUAAACACUGGUGGUUGUGGUCCCCUCGUGGAAUUAUUAUCAGAAAGCACGGGAGGUACACGCGUACCUGCCUGCAUGGCCCUUGGUUAUAUAGCUGGCCAAUCUGAUCAAUUAGCAAUGGCUGUUAUUGAAGCCAAGGCAGUGGUUGUACUAGUGGAAAUCUUGCAAAACAAUGGAGAUGACGCUGACUUGUGUGCUGCUGCAUGGACUCUUGGUCACAUUGCAAAACAUUCCCCACAACACAGUCUUGCUAUUGCUGUUGCUAAUGCCCUACCAAGAUUGUUACAAUUAUAUACAAAUCCAAAGUCAUCAGGGGAGGUAAAAGCACGUUCUUUAUGUGCUCUCAAACAAUCUCUACAAUGUUGUUUACAUCGACCAGCCUUAGAACCACUACUUCAUGCAGCACCUGCCUGUGUACUAAAAUAUGUGUUGGCUCAAUAUGCUAAGAUACUUCCUAAUGAUGCACGAGCUCGAAGACUAUUCGUUACAACAGGAGCCUUGAAAAGAGUUCAAGAAAUUGAUACUGUCCCUGGAACCUCUCUUAAAGAAUAUAUUAAUAUAAUUAACAGCUGUUUUCCUGAAGAAAUCGUUCGGUACUAUACUCCAGGCUACUCUGAUUCACUGCUAGACAGAGUAGAGGCUUAUACUCCUCAGAUUCCAGAACUAUUUACAGAUAGGGUACCAAGCGACUGUCAGAGCGAAUUGACACUCGAAAAUGGCAAUUAAAUACUUUUAUAGAUAUUAUUUUAUUGAAUAAAUAUGAUUUAACAGAA